AUCGCUACUUUACACACGCGGAUGCUCUAGGGCAAGCUUGAGGAUGGUGGAGAGCGCGCGGCGGUGGGGCUGGGGCUAGGGCUACUGGGAAUCACAGGCUCCGCCACGAUGAUGCGGCGGUGGCGGCGCGGGCAAGAGUGGCGGCGGUGGCAUUGUGGAGAGAUGGCGGCGGCGGCGAUCAUCGCUCGAUGAGAGCGAGCAGCAGCAGCAGGAUUUGGAAUCCCAGGAGCGUGUGCGCGUCGGAUCGGAUGAUGAAGCGAGUGGGCAGCUUUGCAAAGGAUGUGACGCCCAGUUUGUGCCUCACCGUGUGUGGGGUCUCGGAUUUGGAUGCUUGUGCCGAGGCAUGCGCUUGAUCUGUUUGUUCUACGCAGCAUCACGUCCCCAAUUGGAAUGAUGUUUGUAUGCGGCGAUGCCAGAGCGAGUGCCUAAGAUCAUGAGGGUAUCAAUGCAGAGAAUUAUUUUCUCCUAUACUGUGUUCUUCGUUCUUUUGUGAAACGAAAACGAUCGCAAGGAGAAAAGGCUCUCGUGGCCAAAACGCCGCCCUUGGAUCACGCGUUCUAUUAGGUAGUUUGAAUUUUAGGGCUCUUGGCGAUGACGGCCAUGGAGGGAGUUCGCCGGCGGAUGAGCGCUCUCGAGGCGGCGACGCAAGCUAUGACGAAGCUCACGCAGAGUGAUCCCAUCCCGCAAGAAGAUCACGAUUUCAUAGCUCGGCAUCCGACAUGGGAGGAUCAGCUGCCUCCGAUUCAUGGGGUGAGCAAAGCAGCGCCGGAUCGCGACCGAGCAGCGUCAUCAUCUUCGUCUGCCGCAUUGAUUGCCGCACUGGAUCAACUGGCCCCAGCGAUUCCCGAUUCCCCGGCAACCAAGAACUGGAAGAGGGCUUACACUGCAAUCAAGAGGCUCAUGAAUAUAAGAAGAAAGGCGAGGCGGACUGCUGUCGGGACUGGAGCAAGAAUGGAGGGCACUGCGCUUGGAAUUUGGAGCCUCUACAGCCCGUCACGCUUAUACAUUUUCAGGCUUCUCUACAAUCAGAGAGCCGAGUAUGUUCUUGUGUUUCUUAUAUGCUCCCAUAUGAUAGUGCUUAUCUUUCAAGCGAUGGCUGGGUCUAGGCACGAACGAUGGACACACGUCCGGAGUUUCAACAUCGAUUUCCUGGACGAGCUCAUCACGGCGCUUUAUACGAUUGAAAUGGUUUUACGAAUUUCGGCUCUUGGUUUUAUCAAAGGCCGUCACUGCUACAUGCGGAAUCCGUACAAUAGGCUCGACUUUGUCGUUGUUUUCGAUUCCUGGGUACAUAUCAUUGCUCGAGGUGUAACUGGACAUGAUUUUUUCGCGCGGAUAGCCGUGUUCCGCGUGUUUCGGGGCCUGCUAGCGUUGAAGCACGUCACAUUUUUUGCCGAUGUCAUAGCCAUCAUGGCGGCCGUGAAAAAGAGCGUUGGUCCUCUCCAAAACGUUAUCCUUUUGACGUUUUUUCUGUUGGUUUUCUAUUCUCUACUCGGCACGCAAUUCUUGCAAAACUCGAUGAAUCAAAGGUGCUUUCGAACAGCGGACAAGCAACUGGCUUAUCCCAUGCGCUUUUGUGACAAAAAAGCUGCUGGCGGCUACGUAUGUCCACCAUUUCAGAACUGUAUGACAUACGAGAAUCCCAACCAUGGAGCCACAACUUUUGAUUAUCUCUGGUAUUCGCUGCUUACCAUGUUUCAGGUGAUAACUUUGGAAGGAUGGAGCCUCGUCAUGCAUGAUGUGAAGGAUGCUGAAGGAGAGCGAGCCAAUUCUUACUUUAUGACGUUAAUUGUUCUGGGUACAUAUUUCCUGACGAACGUUUUCAUCGCCGGUAUCAGUGGUGUAUUUCUUCGUGUUCGAUCAGAGCAUCAGGCUUUGCUGAGGAAAGCCCGUAGAACCUCGGUGUCCUUUUACGAUGCAACGAUGAUGGCACAAGUGCUGAAAGACAAUAUCGUCAAAGCCGACUCGCACAUGUCAUGGUAUAACCGCUUACUCAACAGGUCAAGAAAGGUGCAGCAGAAUGUCGCGAGAGCAUUAAGUCGGACACGGACCUCCCUGCGGACUGCCCUUCAAGCCAGAUCAAUGAGAGUGCGGUCUAGUAGGUCUUUCAGUCGAAGUAUGACGAUAGGAGUUCAAGCAGCGUUGACAGUUUCCGAAAAAAGCCGCGACAUCGUUGAACAUCCCAAGUUUGAGUGGGGAGUACUUCUCAGUGUCACCAUUAACGUCGUGCUCUUAUCGUCCUUCAAGUAUGGGAUGUCAAAACGGUUGUUGCAUACGCUCGACGGGUUACAAGCAGUAAUGCUUUUUGCUUUCAGCGGGGAACUUCUGCUGCGCUUUCUAGCAUACGGUCCUGGCGAUUUUCUUGACGAUGGAAUGAAUUUACUGGACUUGAUGGUUGUUUUGACAUCUAUUGUGGCACUCAGUUCUCAUUCGUUUCCAAAUUUAACAUCAAUAAGAAUUAUGCGGUGGUUUUACUCUUCGAAGAAGUAUGUUGCAAAACAUCCCAGUGUAGUGGCUACUUGCAUGGAAAGCGUUGGCUCUUUGGCGGGGGUUUUUUUCUUUUUCCUUCUGGUUAUCAUAGUAAUCUCUAUCAUCAGCAUGGAAUUGUACAGUGGGCAGUAUUACAGCUUUCCUGAAGAGUAUCCGCGAGGAAAUCAUGAUUCCAUACUGGAAGCCAUGCUCGUCUGGUUUACAGUAACCACGGCUGAAUCCUGGGUAAACCAAAUGUGGAAUUCCCUGCGACCUGGAGUUCAAUAUAAUGUAGUGGCACCGUUUUUAUACGUCUUUUACUUCGUCGUGACAGUUUACGUCGUUCUGAAUCUUAUCAUUGCUGUCUUGCUCGAGAGAAACGAGCUUACUGACAACCAGAAGAAGCGAAUCCAACGGAUGGAACACAUGAAGUUAAUCAGGAGAAUGCAAAGUCAGGCACUCACAAGAAGCGGAAGCUGGGUUGUGGGCGCAGUAGAAGGAAUGAAAGGUUUGCGACGGAUGACAACUCGCAUGUUAAGCGUCAAAGAUCACGUAAGACCGGUUAAAGCCAGGCCAAGAGAGAAGGGGUCCCAGGGUCGUCAACGCCCGGCAGUAACUGCUGCUAAGGCUGAUGGGGGCGCUACUGGAUCCGCUUUAGAGGCCCCAUCAUCGGUCGUUCCAGCUGCAGAGUCUUCUGAAGCUCCGCCGUCGCGUCACAGGCGUUCUUCCCAAGUUUUACAGGUUUCUGGUUUUCCGUCUAAUAUCGGUGAAAGGAGGGGUUCAAGGACCGCACUUCAAGAUGCCGUAAUAACUCUCGACAAGAUUCUCAGCAGUCCAAACAUUGGCAGAAAUCUAAGCAGGGCCUCUAGCAACAGGAAAUCUUUCCAGCUGUCGGAGUACGAAGAGCUCGAGAGAACUCUUACAACCAUACAGAGACCGUGGUACUUGCGAGAAGGGUCGCUUCUUCUAUUUGGAGAGGGCAACACGAUAAGGAUCCUGUCUAGGAAGAUCCUCGGCAGUAAACCGUACUUGUGGUUUGUGAUAGUUUGGAUGGUCAUCAAUACUUGGCUCGUAGUUGAGAUGCGAGAUGAUGGAGAGCCGAUAAUUGUCCCCGAUUUCAUCUGGAAUCUGCAGAAGAUCAACUUUGUGGUCUUUUCGCUAGACUGUUUGAUGAAGAUCGUUGCACAGGGACUUAUUUUUGCGCCAGACGCAUACCUGAGUGACUGGUACAACAUCUUGGACUUGUUUAUUCUCGUCACCGAUGCGCUUAUUCUUCUGAAGUAUAACGCUGAGAAUGAAACUUCCAUACCAACCGUCGGUGCGUUUACUUCUCUUCGGCCAUUUCGUUUCGUGGUUCGGUUUACAGGACUGAGGUCAUUAUUAUCAAAUCUUUUUCGGACUAUUCCAGCAAUUGUGUCGGUUAUUCUCUUCACAUUUUCAAUUCUCCUGAUAUUUGGAACCAUCGGGCUGCAGCAGUUUCGGGGCCUUCUCUGGAAAUGCAAUGACCCGACAAUCACGCACCGAGCAUAUUGUACCGGCCUCUAUGUUAAUGACAUUGGCAUCCUUGUUCCCCGAGCCUGGGUUAAUAACGUUUUCCACUUUGACGACAUCCAGAAUGCCCUCCUCAGUAUGUUCGUCUGCUCCACUUUCGACAACUGGCUGACGCACUUCAUGUAUCCUGUCAUGGACAUCACUAGGGAAGACCACCAGCCUGUUCGGAACUCAAGUCCUGUCAACGCGUUGUUUUUCGUGGCAUUCUGCUGUAUCGGGGGAUUUUAUAUCGUCAGAGUUUUCAUCGGGGUGUUUAUCAACGAGUUUGGAAAAAAUUCUGGAGCAGUUCUUCUCACAGAGAGGCAGAAGCUGUGGAGGGACAUGAACCGUAUCAUCCAGAAAACUUAUGCUAUUCCGCUGGCUCGACGACCAAGCAAUCCCAUCCGGGGGAUGUGCUUCUACUUGAUUCGCAAUCCGACAUAUCAAAAGUGCAUGAUCCUCGCACUCCUUGGCUACUCCGGGCUACUUGCGACUAACUAUGCUGGCCAGUCAGCAGUUGUUUCGGACCGGCGUCAGAUGGCUCACUGUGCGAUUACAACAUAUUUCCUGCUCGAAUCCGUGAUGAAGUUCCUUGGCGACGAGUGGAAGGUCUAUAAGAACGAGGUUGCACGGCAGAUGGAGUUUGGACUCUCCAUAAUGGCCGCCAUUGGUCUCAUGGGAAAGAAGGGAACGGUGAGGGGCUAUGUCGGCCGCACUGCCUACAUUGCUCGAGUUUUUUGCAUCAUUCCUCACGUAGCGAGAGCGCGGGUUAUUAUGCGAACAAUGUUCAUCUGUUUGCCAACUGUAGCUGAGAUACUCGCUCUUCUCGCAAUUUUCAUGUAUAUGUUCGCAGGGAUGGCUUUUCAACUCUUCAGUGCAAUGAAGGAAGGGACCUGCAUUGGCCCGUCUGUCAACUUUCGCACUUUCGUCAACGCUUUCAUCGCGGUGUUUCAGGUUACAACUCUUGAUAACUGGUCUUGCGUUAUGAUGGAUACCACAAUUGAUGCACCCGCCUGCACCAACGGUAAAACACUACUCGGCGAUGAUUGUGGCUAUCCAGAGGGCGGGAUUAUCUUCUUCGCCUUCUUGGUCUUGGUCGGGAGCCACAUAUUCAUGAACUUGUUUGUGGCUGUCAUACUGGAUGCUGUAACCUUCGGCCUUGUGAACGAGAACUCUAUGGUCAUGCCAGAGCACCUGUUAGCAUAUCGAAACUUGUGGAGCCAAGAACCAUUCGAUCCCAAUGCUACGGGAUACAUUGGCAUGCACAAGCUGCGACGAUUUGUAAACGCCCUCGGUGAUCCGCUGGGCCGGCGCUACAAAUACGCGACCCAAUGGUACAUGAGAAUAGAGUACGAGGUGAUGAGUUUUCGAGUUCCAAACAAAGGAAUCCCUUUCAAGGAGCUGCUGGAAACGCUGACGCUGUAUAAGAUCGGACCAACUGGGUUGCCUCUCACUCUGCGCAUCGAGCGUGAGAAGCGGAUCCAGGCCGUGUACAUCCAGGGCGCUGCAACGAAAAUACAGGCUCUCGUGAGAGGUUUCCUGGCGAGGAUAAGAGCCGGCAAAGGUGGUGCUGCUGUGAGCAAAAGCGAGGUGGCAGCUCAACAAGAAUUGGAAUCGACAAGGAGCAAACCCGAGGUGGUAGAGAUUGCCAGGGACGUGAGAGGCGAAGCUCUCCUGGUGGGAGAAUAGUGGUGCAGUCGCAGUUUUGUAUAUAUUGAUUUAGAGGAUCGAACGACGUGGAGGUGAGAAGUUCGAAUACCAAAACGCUUCCGAAA